AUGAACUUAGAAUUGCAGAUCAAUGAUGAUACUCUUAGAAAUUUGACAUUGAUUGAAAUUGAACAACUAUUGCACAUAAACCAAAGAUCACUGAAAGACUAUCCUACAAUGCCAUUGUUAACUCGUUGGCAAAAUGGAGUACGAGGGUUGAUGCUAGACAUGUAUGACUUCCAGAAUGAUAUUUGGCUGUGUCACUCAUUUGGUGGCCAGUGCUACAACUACACAGCUUUUCAACCUGCCAUAAAUGUUCUCAAAGAGAUUCAAGUGUUUCUAGAUGCAAACCCAUCAGAGAUUGUUACCAUUUUCAUUGAGGAUUAUGUUACAUCGCCAAAAGGCCUAACAAAGGUGUUUGAUGCUUCUGGACUGAGAAAAUACUGGUUUCCAGUGUCUAGAAUGCCCAAAAAUGGUGGAAACUGGCCAACCGUUGAUGAUAUGGUCAAGAAGAAUCAACGUUUAGUAGUCUUCACUUCAAAAUCAUCUAAGGAAGCUUCUGAAGGGAUAGCUUAUGAGUGGCGAUAUUUAGUAGAAAACCAAUAUGGAAAUGGAGGCAUGAAGGCUGGUUCGUGCCCAAAUCGUGCGGAAUCACCAUCUAUGAACACAACAUCAAGAUCACUAGUUCUAGUGAAUUUCUUUAGAGAUCUUCCUGAUGUAACUAAAUCUUGCAAGGACAAUUCAGCUCCUUUGCUUAGCAUGGUCAAUACAUGCUAUGAAGCAGCUGGCAAACGUUGGCCUAAUUUCAUUGCUGUUGAUUUCUACAAGAGAAGCGAUGGAGGAGGAGCCCCAGAUGCAAUAGAUGUUGCUAAUGGUCAUCUAGUGUGCGGGUGUGAAAACAUGGCCUCCUGCAAGGCUAAUAUGACAUUUGGAGUGUGUCAGCUACCUGAGGCUGAAGCCACUCCUCCCCGUGCAGCAGCAGCAGCACGUGACACUAGCUUUGGUAUUCGAAAUUGCAAGCCAGUUUAUUUGCUGUGGUCUUUUGCCACCACUGUUUUUGGGGGCAUGCUCGUGUCAUUGUGA